AAAAUAAAACAAAUUUCGUUCCUACAACAUAAACAAAGCGAUCGGUAUUCCGUUUUGUUUCCAACAAGUGCUGCAAACGUGAUAUUAAAAUGGGAAAGCAUAAGCACGGAAAUCGAAAGCGAUAUCUUUGUAAUGUGGACGUUCCACUAUCCCGAUCCAGUGCUAGCGUGUUGAAAUCAUCUACCGGUGAUAAUGUUCUGCCGCCUCCACUGAAAUCGAUCCUAAAACCUCCUGCGGCAACUGCUCGGCAAUCGCAACCGCAAGUAGGAUCAUCAACGUCUGCGGCAGCAUCAACUUCGGAACCGACAAAAUACAAACAACCAGAACUGCACACUAUGCUCGGAUUAAGCAAACGGAUUGAAACGGUCAAGAAAAUAGAACCUCAACCAAUCACCAAUAUAGGCCAGUUGACGCCCAGCAGUAAAAAACGCGUUAACGCACAGAUAACUAAACAGCUGAACCAUCAGUACGAUCAAGCCGUAUUUAAAAAGCUUGCACCUGUUAAUGUGAACGAUACGGUAUUGCUGCCAGCGCCUGGAAGUCGUACAGCCGCCUCCACCAAAUCCAAGUACCUGUUCAAAGAUAAAAAAGACCCGGAACCAACGCUAAGCGAUUACUUGCGUCCGAUUCCACGAUUUACGGUUGAUGUUGUACCAAACGUUCCGACACCACAUCUGGGCCGCGUUACAACAGGGGAUUCUUGGAACAACUUCCAUAACAUUGAGUAUGUGCUGCGAAUAAUGGAAGAACAUUGAAGCUGCUUAUUGGAACUCAAUCAUUCGUAACACGGGAUGCGUCGUAUUUGAGCAUUUAUUGAAAUGUUUUGCUUUCUAGUUCAGAAACGAUCAAUGAACCAUAAUUUUAAUACAUAUUCCGCAUUUGCCGGGAGAUACGCUAAGCGGUGCUACCGUUUGGUUUGUUUAAAGUUUAAUUAGCGUGAUUGAAUUUCAAUGUGUUUCUUUCAUUUCUAAUUGUUCCUCGCUUUCUCUCGCACAUUUACCUUAGUCCGGUUUUGCUCGGCCACAUUCAUCACAGCUAUUCUAUGUUCCUUUCUUAUCCGCAUUUUGUUUCGAAUUUGCCGUGCGUUACUGUAAUGCGUAAAUUAAUACUAACGACAAAUUAUUCAUUACAUACAAAGUAUACACAUUUACGCAAGCAAGACUUGAGUGGAAGAUUUCAUGUUAGGAAAAUAGUUAAACGAACAUUGCUCCAACAUUAAAGUACUUUACUGUUCAUUCAUUCACCCUGGCCACGUAUAUGAAAGUAUGAAGGAAGAAUUCAAGUUAAACGAAAUAAAGUCAAUCAACUUGUCACCAUCGUA